AUGUCUGAACCUACACCAAAUAUAUCAUCAUAUCCUUUGUGUAAGAAUGCAUUAACUUGCAUAUUAUCGGAAUCCAAUCUUAUCGAACGUAUCAGAGCAGAUGUAACAACAAGCCAAUCUAGUAUUUAUUCUCCAUCCAAAAAUCCACAAGAUUUCAACUCAAGUAAAGCAAUAGACGGGGUGCAGAAUUAUUCAAUAGAUUCAUGUAAAUGCUGCAGUGUUACACACGGACCCAUUCCUUCGUGGUGGCAAAUUGAUCUUGGACAGAAAUACUUAAUAGGUACUUUGAAGAUAUUUGGACGUGCAGCAAAAUAUAACUACCAAUUGGAAAAUGCAACAAUUUAUGCUGGAAACGUAUCAAUGAAGCCAGGAGUAAAUUCAAAUAAAAUGAAGAUUUACAAUGUUCCAUCGAUGGAUGCUAUGACACGUAAUUUUACGAAACAAAUAGAUGCCAUAAUUGCACAAUAUUUCUUAGUAGAAUUAAACCAAAAAGAGUUGACGUUAUGUGAAUUCAAGUUAUAUGAGAAAGGGUGUGAUAUAGGUCAUUUUGGAUCGGGAUGUUUGCAUAGUUGUCACUGUUCAGAUAAUAACGGAUGUAAUCAAGUAACAGGGAAAUGUCAGACACCUGGUUGCAAAGCAGGCUGGAAAGGCGAAGCAUGUGCCGAAGAUUCCAAUCUUAUCGAACGUAUCAGAGCAAACGUAACAACAAGCCAGUCCAGUAUAUUUUCUCCAUAUAAUAAUCCACAAGAUUUUAACUCUAGUAAAGCAAUAGACGGAGUGCACAAUUAUUCAGUAGAUACAUGUAAAUGCUGCAGUGUUACAAACGGAAAAUCUGCUUCAUGGUGGCAAAUUGAUCUUAAACAGAAAUACCUGUUAGGUGGUUUACAGAUAUUUGGACGUGCAGCAGAUAAUAACUGGCAAUUAGACAAUGCAACAAUUUAUGCUGGAAACGUAUCAAUGAAGUCAGAAAUAGUUUCAAAUAAAAUGAAGGUUUACAACGUUCCAUCGAUGGAUGCUAAGACACGGAAUUUUUCGAUAUGGUUCGACGCAAUAAUCGCACAAUUCUUCAUAGUAGAGUUGAACCAAAUAGUGCUGACGUUAUGUGAAUUCAAGUUAUAUGAGAAAGAGUGUAAUAAAGGUAACUUUGGAUCGGGAUGUUUACAUAGCUGUCACUGUUCGGACAACAACAGAUGUGAUCAAGUAACAGGGAAAUGUCGGACACCUGGUUGUCAGGCAGGCUGGACAGGAGAGGCAUGUGAAGAUGGUGAGUCGUCACGAAAGGGUUAA